AGGUUGCGGUGAGUGACGUGACGGCCAGCCGGAGCCCUAGUGGAGUGAAGUUGAAUUCGGGGCCGAGGCCUGCGUGAGGUGGCGUUCAUCGUGAUGAAAGAGGAUAAGGAGAAUACCAAGCCGAGGGACAAGAAAACGGAGGUUAAAUAUGAAGAGCGUGUGGAGAGAGUUGAGAAAAAGGAAAAGAAAGAGGCGCUGACUAAGGUGGUGAUUCGCCGUCUACCUCCUAGUUUGACGAAAGAACAAUUAGAGGAGCAGCUUGCCCCGUUACCUGAACAUGAUUACUUCGAGUUUUUUUCUACCAACUCGAGUUUGUUUCCCCACAUAUUUUCUAGAGCAUACAUAAACUUCAAAAACCAAGAAGAUAUUGUGCUCUUCAGGGAUCAAUUUGAUGGUUAUGUUUUUAUUGACAGCAAAGGUCAGGAAUACCCUGCUAUUGUAGAAUUUGCCCCAUUUCAGAAAAUUCCAAAAAAGAAAAGCAAGAAAAAGGAUGCAAAAGCAGGAACUGUUGAAGAUGGUACGGACAAUAUACAUUUUAGUGAUGAUCCUGAAUACAAGAAGUUUUUGGAGAGUUAUAAUAAUAUGGACGAUGAGAAAAAUUCAAACAAUCCUGAAACACUUCUGGAGGAAAUUGAAGCAAAAACAAAAGAACUGGCGGCCAAGAAAACAACACCUCUUCUGGACUAUGUGAAAACUAAGCAGAGAAUAAGAGAGGAAAAACGAGAAGAAAGGAGGAGACGGGAGCUGGAAAAAAGGAGACUUCGAGAAGAAGAAAGAAGAAAAUGGAGAGAGGAUGAAAGGCGGAAAAGGAGGGAAACAGAGAAACAAAAGAAGAUGGUAGAAAAAGGGUUUGACAAAGAAAAGGAUCGAUCAAAGGAUGAACCAAAGAUAAAGCUUCUGAAGAAGCCAGAAAAAGGGGAUGACUCCUGCAUGGAAAAGCCAAAGGACAAACUAAAGAAACUGGACAGAGAAAGGGCUAAAGAAGACAGGUCAUUCAUUGCCCAGGGAAAAAGACUGGAGAGUUCCAUCAAGGAUGAUAAAGGAAAAAAUAGGUUUGAGGACGAUGGCGGAAGAGAGUACCGAGAGAAAGAGGAAAGGGAACGCGAGAGGAGAAUGAAGGAGAAAGAACGUCAGAAACGCCAGGAGGAAGACCGCAGGAAGCUGAGGGAACGGUGUGAGGCUGACAAGCCUUUCAGGAAAAAAGAUGAAGAUAUAAAGAAGGAGAAGGAUCAGUCAAAUGAAAAAGCCAGGAAAAGGGAGAGCUUGGAGAUUACAGCAAGUUACGACAAAUUAGAGAAGGGAAAAGAGGAUAAGAAGGAGGAAACUGCAAUAAAAAAAGAACGAAUCAGAAAUAAGGACCGCCCUACCAUGCAGCUGUACCAGCCAGGGGCGCGGAGCCGCAGCCGCUUAGUGGCAUUUUCAAAGUCUAGCGAAAGCAGCAUAAAGCCAGCAGAAGAAAGCGAGGAGAAAAAAGAGCCUGAGGCUUCUGGAAACAUUGCUGAAAAGGCGAACGAGGAAUGAAAAGGCUGCUGCCCGUUCAGUGAUUGAGAAAUCACAGUAUGCCAGCCGUAUGGGGAAAUUCAAAAGUGCCCUUAUUGGAGAUGAGCUUGGAGAAUGAGAAUGGUGCGUUGCUUGUCAGAUUAAAACGUUUGAAACUGGUAAUUUCCCAAUAUUAAGAAUGGAGGUUUCUUUUGCCAUCACAGUUGUGACAGGUUACUGAUGUGCAAGAUUGUUGCAGUUGGAGAAAACUGGGAUGUAAAUUAGAUGUGCUUACUAGACAGAUGCUAGUAACUCUGAAAAUGUACUAGCCAACAGCUUUGAUAAUGAGCUAAUGAUAUCCCAUUAUUUACUUCAGGAGAGGCAAGUAGAAAGGACGUGUUCUGGUGGCUACAGCAGAAUUACAGCAGAAAAUGCUAAUAACUUACCUGAGCUGUAAGUUGAUAUAAAUUUUAGUUCCACAUUGCAGGUUAGAAUAUGAGAGACCAAAUUCUUCAUGGCCUUAAUAGAUUCCAUCUGUGGUGGGAAGAUCAAUGAAAAGGCCCAAGGGAGUAAAAUAAAAUUGUUCUUUCAUACUUGUUAUAGGUGCUGUAUCAUUAGCUUUCUACCUGUCUAAGGUAUAUCAGUUGCAAUUUGUAUUGGAGAUCAUGUAAUGCUUCAGUUUUAAAUCUAAUCAACUGGUUCCAGUGAUUUGUGCUUAAAAUCUAAGUGUACUUUCGUAUUGCUGUGCCAGUCCAGUGCUCAUGAUCCAAAUUGUGUUCAAUCAUGAACAUGAGGGUAGCUGAAAAUGAUUCAUUAAGGGAUGAGUAUGAAUCGAUAAUCUGCUCUCUGUACAAUUUCCUCUUUCUUCCUGUGCCUUGGGAAGUCCCCUACGAUGUUGUUCCCUAGUCAACCAAUAGAGGGUGCCAGUAAGCUUGGUAACCAGGAGUCUGUUGCAUUAGGAAAUCUGAGGGGUGUGUGUGUGCUUUUUAACAGUUGCUAGAAUGGUAAUCAGAUCCUUGAGUUGGGAAAAUGUUGAUUUGAGUUUUUGUUUUGAGAGAGCUGGAUGGCUGACAGAACAAACCUGUUUGGUGACUAAUCCUUUAAGACUGUUUGUGAUUUACUAAGUAAAUGGAUUUGGAUCAUGCGUAGUAAAAUGAGAAAGAAAACUUUGGAGCCUGUUUCUUGAUCCUGAUUUGUAACAUUGCCAGUUCCAGCAUUUCAUGUUUAGUAUCUUGUAGACGUUGUUCUUCAGGAUCUGAAGUAAAAACAAAUGCUAAACCUGCAUCAACAAACUUUUUUUGGCUUUACUUUUAAAACAAAUGUUGCAAAUCUGUUUGUACAUUCCAAGAACAGAGCUGUUGUAAUAAUUCCAUCUAUUGAAAGCUGAAACUUUUACUACAUUCUCAAGGUGAUAUAUUCUUUCCUAAUUUGUUUGUGUGUUUGUUUAUAUUUUUCAAUAGUGUUGAACACUUGCGAUCAAUAAAUACCCAUGCCAAUG